AUGUCAGUCGUCCGGAGGGAUACUCUGAGGAGACAUUUGGACAAGUAUGAUGCGGACGGAAUACCACUUGCAGAACUGAAGAGCUUGUUGGCAGACUCUGAUCUUCCAGAACGACAGAUUAGUGUACUAGUAAAAGCAGCAGAUAAAGAUGGCAAUCAGCGGAUUGCGUACGAUGAGUUCGUUCGCCAGAUUAUGUCUGAGGAUGAGGGUGUGUGGAAACGCCUACGCAUUCGUGCUCGUGUUCUCAAUCGAGCUGUUCUAGCAAUCGAUCCGGCUGCCGGUCGGCGUCAUCAACAGGAUGUGAUGGUCAAAUCUGGUAUUGAUUCACCGGAUACAUAUAACUGGGGUGAAGCGGAUGUUGACAACUAUGUGGAAGCUUACGACUGCCGCCCACCUCCAAUUUUCAUCCCAGUCAUCACACUGGUAGAGAUUGGCGUGUUCAUCUACUAUGGCCUUCUCCAUGCCUGGGACUCAGACCCAUACAAUGAUGUGACUGCCGCGUCUGGUGUCCCGAUCUACAGUCCGCUCAUCUACGAUCCUCGAAAGCGACACGAGGCGUGGCGUUUUCUCACCUACAUGUUUAUACACAAUGGCUACGUUCAUUUGGCCUUCAACUGCCUACUUCAGCUGGUCCUGGGGAUGCUGCUUGAGCUGGUGCACAAGUUCUGGCGUUGCGGUCUCGUCUAUCUUCUCGGGGUCAUUGCCGGCUCCUUGGCCCACUCAGUCACAGAUCCGUACGUUCUCCUAGCUGGAGCCAGUGGCGGUUGCUACGCCCUGAUUGGCGCGCAUUUGGCCAGCAUCAUUAUGAAUUGGAAAGCAAUGCAGGACAAGUGGCUGGACAAUCCAAUAAACUUUCUAUCCAGCGGCGUUGUCCGAUUGUUCUUAAUCCUUCUGUUGGCUGGUAGCGACACUGGAUUGGCUAUUUACGCGCGAUACAAAAACCCGCUGGGCACUCGUGUCGGGUUCUCUGCCCAUCUCGGUGGUUUUGUUGCCGGUAUUCUUCUGGGAAUACCCAUUCUACGUAAUCUUCAAGUCGAGAAGUGGGAAAAAGUUUGUUUUUGGAUUUGCAUUGUUGUCUUCGCGUGUUUCGUCAUGGCUGCAAUUUUAUUCAAUGGAUUUUGUAUACGAAUUAACUAUUGUCCCGCUUCUGUGUAUUGAUAACUGUCCCAAGUGCCUCCUUCCAUGUUGAUCCCCUUUACUCCAGCAGUUCUAUGAUUUAUUUACCGUCUCCUAGUUUUGUGCUUGUAUCGCCACAAAUACUGUUAUCGUUUUGGAUUCUCUUCUAUCAUGUUGUUGAUUUGUUCGACCAAAUGUCUACAAAACGCCAGUUAUGUUUCAAUCAAUUCAUAUGGAUCAGCCUAUUUUAAGAACACAAUGUAAUUCCCUGGUGGAGCAUUCCCGCCUAUCUGCUGCAUUUCCUGUCCGAGCUAACUUUGUUCGCCUUCGUUCACCCAAUCAUAUCGUCCUGGACAGAGCUUGUGUACAACCCCUUGCUUCUUUUUUCAGGCUUGCUUUGACAUCAUGUGGAUGUUUUUGCCUUAGUCUCCUCUCAGCUGAUUUGCUUGCAUAGAGCCCCAUGGUUUACCUUUUGCAACUUGACGAGUUUGAUAUUGAAUAUUGCGACCGAAAACACUGACUUUCAUUUCGC